CGUUCCCGGACGGUAUCUUCGUCAACAAAAUGGACGGUUCAGAUUCCCGUAAAGGAGUGAACACAGUCUUUUCAUUUGUAUAGAAACCGAAGGUUUGUCUACUCAUCAGAAACAAAAUAGAAUCUCUUCUCUUCAAGUCAUUCCCUAAAGGUCCACCAAGCUUUCCUUUUUUCUUCUUCAUCAUCAUCAUCUCUCUUUCGUCAAAUCUAGAAAAUCCCAUCAAAAUAACAAACUUGCAAAUCUAAUCUUAGAUCCUUCCUCUCCUUUAUUAUCUCUUCUGGGUAGUUCUAUUUAAAGAUUGAGUCUUUUUGUAACCGAAACAUCAAAGUAACUGUUUUUUUUAUUGAUUUUGUCAUUUUGAUCUAAUAAGUCCUUGUUGUUUGGUAAAAGAUCAAAACUUUACCUUAAUUAUUUUCAUGGCUACAAGGAACUCUGUUUUUGCAAACCCAAAACCCUGUGAACAUCUUGCAGAUUAUAAACUGAGGCAUGGCUUGAGUGGAUACAAAUCCAUUCAAAAGUGGCUCAAAGCAAGUCCAUAUGGAAAGACAAGCAUUAAAAUGUGUGAAACAAAGAUGCCCACAUGCCGUUUUUGUAGUGGGUUUCAUCAAGGUAGACUGUUUCUGUGUUUGAUUUGUUCUUCAAUGUCUUGUUCAGACCACACCCUUUUGCACGCUCAAUCUGAGAAUGGUCAUGAUAUAGCUGUUGAUAUUGAAAGAUCGGAACUUUAUUGUUGUUUAUGUAGUGAUCAGGUCUAUGAUCCUGAUUUUGAUAAGGUUGUCGUGUCUAAAAAUAUUAUGGAUAUGCCAAGUAAGACACAUGAUAGUGUUGUUGAUGAUUUGAUGAGGAGAUCAAGCAAGAGGAGGAGGUUGAAUCCAGUGGUGGAUUUGGAUUUGAAAAGGUCCAAACUUCUGGUUUCAAUGAUGGAUCGAAGGGCGAAAUCGUGCUAUCCGUUGGGAUUGAGAGGACUGAACAAUUUGGGGAGUACUUGUUUCAUGAACUCUGUGUUGCAGGCAUUGCUACAUGCACCACCAUUCAGGAAUUACUUCUUGAGUGAGAGACACGACCCCGAAACUUGUAAGAAAAGAUCAUCAGAUCAAUUGUGUUUGGCUUGUGAUUUUGGUGUUAUUUUCUCAGCUGUGUACUCAGGGGAUCGGACUCCUUAUAGUCCAGCUCAGUUCCUUUACAGUUGGUGGCAGCAUUCAGCAAAUCUAGCUAGUUACGAGCAGCAGGAUGCUCAUGAAUUCUUCAUUUCAGUGUUAGAUGGAAUCCAUGAGAGAGAGGGAAAGGAGAGGAGUUCAAAUAAAGAUAAUGGAGGUUGUCAAUGUAUUGCUCAUAGGGUUUUCUCAGGGAUGUUGAGAUCUGAUGUGACCUGCACAACUUGUGGAUUUACUUCCACAACUUAUGACCCUUGUGUUGAUAUUUCGCUCAACAUGGACACAACCAACUUCUCUACAGUGAAUGUGGCUAACAAGUCUGUUAGAGAGGACACAGGCAGAUCUACCCUUUUGGCUUGUUUGGAUCUGUUCACAAGGCCUGAGAGGUUGGGGUCUGACCAGAAACUGUACUGCCAAAAUUGUCAAGAAAAGAGGGACUCGUUGAAACAAAUGUCUAUUAAAAGGCUUCCAUUGGUCUUGUCGUUACAUAUCAAGCGGUUCGAGCACUCUUCCCUGAGAAGAUCGUCAAGAAAAAUUGAUUGGUACUUGCAGUUUCCUUUUUCUUUGGACAUGACCCCAUAUUUAUCACCCUCAAUUGUCAGAAACAGGUUUGGAAAUAGAGUUUUUGGGUUUGAGAGUGACAAACCAGAUAUCUCUUCAGAAUUCGAGAUUUUUGCUGUUGUCACUCAUUCAGGGAUGCUAGACUCAGGUCAUUAUGUCACUUAUCUGCGCCUACAAAACCAAUGGUACAAGUGCGAUGACGCGUGGAUUACUGAAGUUGAUGAGAGAAUUGUGAGAGCAGCACAAUGCUAUAUGAUUUUCUAUGUGCAGAAGAUGCUUUAUUGCAAAGCAAAUGAGGAUUGGAGCUGCAUGCCAAUAUCCACAAGGAGGGACCCAUUUGUUCCAAUUGCUGGUUGUUGCUAACAACAGUUUUAAUUGUGGUGAUUGCCAGGAUGUGAAAUGACUUUGCCAAAUGCGUCCAAGGUUGGUUAUCUGUGCCUGUGAGAUGAAAGAAAUGGCCAAGGUUGGUUAUCAAUUUACUUGGCCUGGAAUGAUAAUGCACUGCUACUAUCAAGGCUAAACCCUCCAGAAGUAAUCAAGAUUGCAGAUUCUUAAAGACCAGUCAUUUGAACAAGAUAUUGGAUACCAAUUUGAAUCAUCCCCAGAUUAUUUCUUAAAGAAUAUUUGGCAUUACGCUUUGAGAAAUUUUGGCAGAGAAGAAGCAACUCGCUUCUUCGUAUGAGAUUCUCGUGGCUCUCCUUUCAUGAUUUUCUAUGGGAAUUCUUUGACUGCAGGCCAGUCAUGCUCAGAAUAAAUUUUAUGUAGCAACUAAUGCAAUCACUUAUUCCUGAAUGCAUAUGUUUCUUUUAUGUGCUGUGUAAACUAUUGGUUUCCAAGAAUGAAAAGCAAAGAAGCUAUAACUUGCAGACA